GGACACGACAAGACGCGCGUCACUUGUGCUCCGCCUGUAAGUGUAUUUCAGAGCGGUUAGCUUGUGUAGCGGAGUGUUUUAUACAUCUUAUAUUCAUUAGAGUUCACAAGUGUCUACUGUAUACUAGUUUUAGCGAUAUUUUGUUGCAUCGUUUAAUCAUGGGACGCGAAACAAGCGGAGACAGCGGAACGCCUGAGUCAGAGACUACAAAGCGAUACAGGACAAGGUCCGGCAACACCAAGACCAAGGGGUGGAACACAUCGGCAAAGAACAUCCCCGAGUUUGAAACCAUCAUCGAAGAUCACACAGACGCCAGCAAAUCGAAGGUAUGCAGUUUAAAGUUCCGUACCUCCAAAGAUCGUGUACCAGUGUGGAUAGACGCUAGCAAAGCCGUAUUCAGCGACUCGCUUGGAAAACAAACGGGCUACAAGUUCACCUGGAAGGGCUCACAGCUAUCCGUCAGUAAACCCACCGAGACCGGAGACAACGCCAAAAUCCUAACUAUCCACUUCUACAACACCGGCACAAUCCUUAUACAGGGGAAUGGAUCAAACUGGUACGCACGAGAAAUCUUUCCACAAGUGAAAGAACUUGUUAGCAAUAAUCAAAUUGGCGCAUCCUGUGACGCCCAAGAUGGCGGACAUGACAAUGAAGAUCUGGCAACCGAGAGGACUGAAACAAUAGACGACAACCUUGAAACAAUAGGGACCAGUUCACAAGAUGAUGCGCCCGCCAUUACGACGUCUGGAACCAGCACAGAGCCAACUAAGACCUCGUCUGUCACAGUAGACCCGACUCAAGAGAAAGAAAAUUCGUCGCAAAACACAAUUCCCAAAUCACCGAUCACAUCGCCCACUCUCCGUAGAGUGUUGGGAGGCCUCGAAAACAUCAUUUUAACCCCACUCUCAAAAGUUCGCAACUCCGGAAAGAACAAAGAGGGAAGGCCACAACAUGAAAGCCGUUCUCGGCGCGCGCUGCCAACAGACGACGUCCAAGACAAAUCAACAAGUGAAAAGUGCAACUCGGUGCAUGAGACACUGUACACGUCGCUAGUGGAUGAUCUGAACAAUUUGAAGUCGCUUGUCUUCAGCAAUAAGGUCACCAUGGACAAUCAACAGAAGUGCAUAAAUGACCUGACGGCUAAUGUUCAAAACAGGAAGAAAGAGGUGGAGAAACAGGCUCGACAGAUUCAAGAUCUGAACACUGAGUUAGAGCGACAACGCGAAAUCUCCAAAGACCUGGCCAAAACAAUCUCCUCUCAAAAAGCUGACCAGGAAGCUCUACAAGCCCAGCUAACACUACUGCUAAAUCAACCUCAACCUCAAUCUGUCAGUUCGACGGCCAGUCGCGUAUGCAGCAACUCUCAACAGGACGACUCCAGAAUCCAGCGCCUCUACGCAGAAGUGGUUUCCGGCCUAGAACACCCGAACUCUUCCCCCGCCACGCAAAUACCGAAACCCUCGGACUCAGAGGCCCCAACAACCACCAAUACACAGCCACGUGCCCCGACAACCGCAAUCAGCCAGCCACCGGUAACUACCGACACCCAGCCACCAGCAACCCCGCCGACUCGGGAACGUGUAGUUCCCGACAAACAGACCCCGGUAACUCCAGCAGCACAAACAUCGGGAAACGUGAAGGUGAGGGUUCUUGCUGACUCGUUAUGGAAUGACGUGGACCCGACAAUAAUGUUCAAGGACAGAACCGCAACCAUAACAAAAUCAACCACACUUCGCAAGGCUUCCGAAAAUGCUCUCAUGCUCCCUGACAACAACACAGAACUGGUCAUAAUUCAUGUUGGAUCUAACGACAUGGAUAACACCAAAGACCGGAACGACAGCGUCAACAUAUGUGUAGAACAAACCACCAAACUGAUUGACCGUGCUAAGACAUCAUACCCCAACGCAAAGAUCGCCAUGUCACAAGUCUUGCCGAGAGGUUCAAACACGCAGUCCACCCUCAACAAAAACAUAGCCACCUACAACAAUGCCAUCGAACAGUCCUGCCUUGAAGACAACAAACUCAUCUACAUCAGACACAGACUUCUCUCUCAAGACCGUUCACUUUACAAACGUGACGGUAUCCACCUCACACCUGACGCAGGCGGCGUCAAGUUGAUGGUGGCUGAUGUUAAGCGCACCCUGAGGCACCGCCAGGAAGCCAUGGACUCCAGACAGCGCACCAAACAAGCGAGAGGACCGCAGUGGAUGCCCAGCACCCAGCCAUACCCGCGGCCAGGACAACACCCCCCACCCCUCUGGAACACUCCACGGAACCCGCCGCAGAUGUACCCGAGGAACCCAGCACGUGCACCAAGCCGCCAGGGGACCGACUGGAACAACACACGGGACAAACAGCAGACCGUGGAGAAGCUGUUACAUAUGCUGACGGACUUCCUCAAGCAGUGAAAGUCAAACAGUAAUGCAAAG